AUGGCUGCUCAAGCUCCCCUCCCCCUCCCCCUCCUCCUCCUCCACGCCGUCGACUGCACAGGCUGGGAGCCCUCGCCUCACACAUGGGUCGCUGUCACCGCCGCCCUCGACCCCAUAGAGGCCGCCCGUAUUGCACGCUUUGUCUUUCCUCGUGACGCCCGGGCAUCGGCUUGUGGCCGUCUGCUGCUGCGCCUGCUGCUGGCCACGGUGCUGGCUGGGAACGAGGCCGAUCCUUGUGGCCUGGAUCUGGUGCUGCAUCGAACUGAGCGCGGCCGGCCGCAGCUGGCUGAUCCGGCGCCCGGCGUCGACGCCAACAUCUCCCAUCACGGCAGGUGGGUCGUCGGCGCUGCGAUCGGGUGUGGGUCGGAUGCACCCGAUGCGCGAGUCGGCAUUGAUGUUGUCACGCUCGCAGUCCGCGGCCUCGAUUGUAACGCCUCGGAGACAGACGCACUGAGCGCUGUCGAGACGUACCUGACCGACUUUGCAUCGGUGUUGACGCCUGCCGAGCGCGCUGCGCUCCGCUCGCCAAAGCUAGGCUGGCGGGCAAGAGUCAAGACCUUCUUCAUUACCUGGGCGGUCAAGGAGGCGAUUGUCAAGGCGCUCGGCGACGGUCUGGCCUACGGUCUGGCCAACAUUGACGUCGCCUUGGCCGACGGUGGCGUAUUAGCUGAUAUGGAGCUGACACGUGGUGUCGUCGAGCCACUGCAACUGAGCAUCACUCUCUCCGGCAAGGUUGCCGACGGUUGGGCGUUUGCCGUUGGCGCACUGCCGACAGACGAUGAGCUUGUCGGCGACUAUGGUGCAUCAGUAGUGGCACUUGCGGUGCAGAGCGCCGACAUGCUUCCACCAGAGCCCAUCCCCAUGGUCAUGCACCAUGCCGCUGAUUUGCUGCAGAGUCGGUAAAGUGCUCCAACUUGUGGA